AAUAAAAGUCAGCCAUCCUUAUAGUUUUCUUUCCUCACCUCAGCUAAACCAUAACAAGAACAUUAACUUACCUCCGUUUCUUUGUUUCUUGAUUCGAACAAUCUUAUAGAUGGAAGCAAAGAUCGAUAUAAUCUCGAGGGAUUGGAUAAAACCGUCAUCUCCAACACCCCAACACCGUAAACAGCAUAAACUGUCCUUCCUGGAUCAGGUCUCUCCAUUUGCUUUCAUCCUCUUCUAUGAACAAAAAACAAAAAACUCGCCUGAUUCCUCCUUUUCAUCAUCAGAAACAUCCCUUCAUUUGAAGCAGUCUUUAUCCAAGUGCUUGAGUCAAUUCUACCCGUUAGCUGGAAAGCUAAACCCGGAUCGAUUCGCCGUUGACUGUGAUGAUUCUGGAGCUUUGUUCGCGGAAGCUAAGGUCAACGCUACCCUCUCGCAAGCGCUCAACAAUGCUCCUUACGAAUAUUUUUCUCAGUUCUUGCCAUUUGUGGCUUUUGAUGAUAAGGGAGGUGUUGAUCGACAUUGCAAAUUAUUAGGUACAUUUGAUUUAUGUAUUUAAACUAAUAUAAUAAUUUCCAUUUUUUCGUAUCAAACUCUUUUUUUUUUCUUAACUUGAUUACUAAGCACAUUCAUAUAUCCAAAAUUUUAAUUUCAUAUAUAACUGUUAGUGAAUAAACUUGUUUGGUCCAAAUUAAUAAUAUUGGGCCAUCCAAUUUAAUUAGUUACAUCAUUAGUUUUUAUGUUUAAUUAUAAACCCAAGCCUAAUAUGAAGAACAGACUAGAAAAAUUAUUAGGCAGGGAUGCAACCAGGGGGUGCAAGGGGUCGGCUGACCCUGCGGUCGGAAAAUUUUUUCAAAAAUAAUACAUUAAAAAUUUUAAAAUAUUUUGGAAAAUAAUUUUUUAUGUGUAUUCGAUCUUGUAAAUAUUCGGUACUGAUUUCAUCAUUGUUAUUAGACACAUUUCUGUAUUUAUAUUAAUAAUUUUCACUUUCAUAUCGUACUCUCUCCCCCCUCUUAGUUACCACAUUCAUAUAUCCAAAAUUUGUAGUACAUAUAUAUAUAACAGGUGCUACCUACCAAAGAAAUGAGAUAGUGUUGGCAGUACAAAUCAGCUGGUUUCAAUGCGGAAGCAAUGCAAUUGGUUUCUGCAUUUCCCGCAAAGUAGCUGAUUUCAGUAACAUUCAUAAAUUCAUGGGCAGCUGAAACCCGCGGCGAAAACCCUACUCAAUCAUCCCCUAUUAAUUUCGACUUAGGGAGGCAUCUUUUCCCUCCCCCGAGUUUCUCCUUUUACAUUUCUCUCAAAUUCCGGUGAACGGGAAGAUCGUGCGCAAGCGUUCGUGUUCAACAAGGAAACGCAGACCGCAUUAAAACAACAGGCGGCGGCGGCGGCAUCAUUAAUACCACCAGCUAAAGAUCCCACUCGGGUGGAAGUGGUUACCGCUUUUCUAUGAAAGCAUUUUAUCAAUGUGGCAAAAGCUAAAAGAAACCGAUCAUCGGGUUUAGCGCCCCGAUGCGGAUCAUAAACAUUGUAGGGAAACAAUGUUCACGAUCGGUCAUGUCACCAACUUGAGAAGCAGGCUGAGUAGCUUGUUAUCAUCAUCAAAAGAUGAUGGAUUUGCAUUCGGAAACCUCAUAUAUAGUUAUCGCCCCGGCUACCUUCGCCCCCGAUGAUGAAGACGAGGACGACAUAACAACUUUUGGACAUCUAGUAGGGCUAGUUAGUAAUGUUAUAAGGAUGUCAAGGACGAUUAUGUUACCAAUUCGGCGGUUCCAUUCCUUGAGAGCUUAAGACUGAAUGGAAUAAUAGAAGAAGAAGAAGAAAAGGUGAAGGACUUGAUGGUGUAUAUAUAAUUGGUUUGUAACUAGUUGCUGUAGAUCGUCCUUGUAUGAAGUUGAUUUCGGUUGGGGCAAACCUGUUUCCGUCGGCCCGGCUGUUAUGCCGGCCAUGAGAGGGGUCACUUUAACAAGCAACGGCAAUGAGGAAGAGGUUGAAGCAUGGAUUUCCAUUUUAGAAGAUGAAUUGGCUUUGCUUCCCCACGAGUUCCUUUCACUCGCAGCUACUGAUUUUUUUCACCUCAACUGAAGCCAAAUGAUCGAUCACAUCCAAGUAAAAAAAAUGGAUGUGGGUUUAUUUUUUCUUUUCAAAUAAUUUUUCUGCUUCACUUCUAUGUGUUUGAUUUUUUCUGCUUCACUUCUAUUUUUUUGUGUGUUUGAUUCUAUCCCGCGUCUGUUCAUUGAUUUCUAAUAAGUUUUAUUUUUAGAUGGAGAAAGUAUUGGAUUUGAUUAAUUGUAAUGGAAGAUAUUGUGAAAGUCACCUUGGG